GGGGGCAGGCGGGGCGGGUAGGAGGGGCGGCCGCUUCGCCCCGCUACGGCCGUGAGGGAGCGGCGGCGGCGGCGGCGCUCGGGGCUGCCAGCGGGGGCGGGCGGCCCGAGGGGACCGGAGGUGCUGGUGGUGGCCGCGGGGGGUGGGGGGAGCCGUCGGUGCUGCGGCCGCCGCUCCCCGCUCCUCCCCUCCUCCUCCUCCACCUCCUCCUCCUCCUCCUCCUCCUCCUCCGUGAGGCGCCCUCCAGCCCGCCCUCUCCCCGCCCGGGACCGAGCGCGGCGGCCACAAAAUGGCGGACGGGGAGCUGAACGUGGACAGCCUGAUCACACGGCUGCUGGAAGUACGAGGAUGUCGUCCUGGGAAGAUUGUUCAGAUGACCGAAGCAGAAGUUCGGGGCUUGUGCAUAAAAUCACGGGAAAUAUUUCUUAGCCAGCCUAUUCUUCUGGAACUAGAGGCACCUCUGAAAAUUUGUGGUGAUAUUCAUGGUCAGUAUACAGACUUGCUUCGACUAUUUGAAUAUGGAGGAUUCCCGCCAGAAGCUAAUUAUCUUUUCCUUGGAGAUUAUGUAGACAGAGGCAAACAGUCUUUGGAAACAAUUUGCCUACUCUUGGCAUAUAAAAUCAAGUACCCAGAGAACUUCUUUCUCUUAAGAGGAAAUCAUGAGUGUGCUAGCAUCAAUCGGAUCUAUGGAUUCUAUGAUGAAUGCAAGCGGAGGUUUAACAUUAAGCUCUGGAAGACCUUCACAGACUGCUUUAACUGUCUGCCUAUUGCAGCUAUUGUGGAUGAGAAGAUCUUCUGCUGUCACGGAGGACUGUCUCCAGAUCUCCAGUCAAUGGAGCAGAUCCGGAGAAUUAUGAGACCUACAGAUGUUCCUGACACAGGCUUACUGUGUGACCUGCUGUGGUCUGACCCAGACAAAGAUGUGCAAGGUUGGGGUGAAAAUGAUCGUGGGGUCUCUUUCACUUUUGGUGCUGAUGUGGUCAGUAAAUUUCUGAAUCGUCAUGAUCUGGAUUUGAUCUGUCGAGCUCACCAGGUGGUUGAAGAUGGAUAUGAAUUCUUUGCUAAACGACAGUUGGUCACCCUAUUCUCAGCUCCAAAUUAUUGUGGAGAGUUUGACAAUGCAGGGGGCAUGAUGAGUGUGGAUGAAACUCUGAUGUGUUCCUUUCAGAUAUUGAAACCAUCUGAAAAGAAAGCCAAGUACCAGUAUGGCGGACUGAAUUCCGGACGUCCGGUCACUCCACCUCGCACAGCUAAUCCACCGAAGAAGAGGUGAAGAAAGGAAUAUUGUAGAAACACCAUCAGAUCUGUCAAGGACAAAACUCCAUAAUACAGUAUAUAAUAAGUGUGCACUGUAAAACCAUCCAGCCAUUUGACACCCUUUAUGAUGUCACACGUUUAACUUAAAGAGACGGGUAAAGGAUCUUUAUUAAUUUUUCUAGUAGAAAGAUGUGCGACACUGUAUUGUAACAAGUAUAGCUCCAAGUUCUAAUAUCCAGCAUAGUUUAAAAAAAAGUAUUAAAAAAACUAUUGCAACUACAUAUUCACACUUACCACGGUUUUUAAAGUUGACCAACAUCCCAGUUAAAACUUGAUGUAAUAGUUAAACCAGAUGAGAGCAUGAUGUUCCAUUUGUGUAAUGUGGUCUUAUUGUUGCUUGAUUGCUUUUACUUUGGUUAUUUUGUAGCUAGAAUGAUGCAAAUAUGGUAUCUAGUCAUACUCCCUGGCUCUCUUUGAAUUUGAAAUAAGAAAGGGGCUUUUUAGAACAGCCAUUGAUCUUUUAUCCUCCCCCUAACUUCAUGUUACUCAUAAUAAUGCCGCGCAAAUAUGUGCCCCCCGUUAUAAUGCAAAGUUUAUAGUACAGUAGUGAUUAAAAGGCAAACUAAUUGCAACAUGCCCAGACUGGAUAGCUUGACAGCCAACGUAAAUUGGAACAAAAACCUGUCUUGACUUUUUAACUUAAACUGCCACACGAUGAAUUUGUGCACUACACUAUUUUAAAUUAUUGACAUUACACUGUGCUAUGGCACUUCAUUUAACUUAGGACAAAAAUGGUAUUGCCUAUGAGUUGGUAACUUGAUUAUGUGGUACCUUGGCUUUAGUUUUAUUAGCAUGAAACACCUUUUGGCAUGCUUAGCUUCCAGGUAACUCCCUACCUGCAUCAGAAUUCAUCUUGCAUAGUUCCACAGAACAUGAAGAUCCUUAUUUGCUAAGCCUUUGACAGCUGACAUUCUUUUUCAUAAGAGGGUGUAUUUAAAUGGAUGUUCAUCAGUGGACAGCGGGUUGGCUGACUAGUGGUGAGCUAAAACUGCUAAAUGAAUGUCCGAUGUGAUUAUAAGGCUUAUGUCACUAAAGAUUAUAUCCUUUGGAUUUUCAUGAUCAAAUUUCAUAUACUAUUGUAUAGACUUCUGCUUUGUAGUGUACUAUAGUAGCAAUAAUUUCUGUACACGAUCAAGAGUUAUGCAGUAUUUCUUUUCAGUUCUCUCCUUUCUCAAAAGGGUAAAGAUUGGCAAAUGGUGAGAUACAGAGAAGUUUAUAGUAGGAUACGUGAAAGGCACAGAUUUGUGAUGCUUUGGGAUGCAAUACAAAAGCUUUUAUUGAAUAUUGUUGAAUUUGUAAGAUUCUUUGGGGGAAGGCUGCAGAUUUAUACCAUUCUAAAUGUGCAUCAGUAGAUGUAAAACUCUUGACUUCAGUAUCGUCUUUGAAAAUGUUAAAUUGAAGAUUCUGAUAACUUACAUUUUAUGAACUGGCACAUUAUAUAAUGCGAGAGUUAUAUUGAUUUCUGACACAGUGAGCAAGUUCUUCAAAAUGGAUUUAAGUCUCUUUUCUAAUUCCAUUUUUGUUUUAAAUGCAUAUUUUAAAUGUAGUUUUUUUCAUUUAGUAAAAGUUGUCUAAUUCAUUUGAA